AAGUAAACAAGAAAGCUGUACUUCGCCAAAGAGAGUACUCCAUUUAAAGGUGGAAGAACAAAUGGACUUUUCUGUGGAGCUCAAUCCAAAGUGGUUUGAUGGUGAAAUGCUGGAAAUAUUGGGGGAUGGCAACACACCAACUUUUGGAGAUGCUUCUAUUGCGCCAUUUCAAAAAACUAAGGCUUCUCCAACUUCAAGCCAACAUCAAAGCUGUGCUUCACCAAAGAAAGCACCACAUCUACAGGUGGAGGAAGAAUUGGAGCAGUUUUCGGUGGAGCUGAAUCCAACUGCACCAUUUCAAAAAACAAAGGGCUGUGACAGACUAGUGGCUGGUGGGGAAACUGUCACCAAAAACGGUAAGAGAAGUCUUCCUGAUCACACACUAAUUACAAGAGGUUCAUUUCACCAGGGCCAUGACUACUUUGGUUCAAAUAAAUCAAAACAGUGUGCCACCAAUAGUACUACUGCUAUCAUGACUAAUGCCAUUCACAAUGCAAGAACCUGGUCAACAAGUGAUAUUGAUGGACUGUUGAUAAAUGGUGAUAAAAUGUACACUUUCAUGAAGCAGCAUGACAUGAUUAGUGAUGUCAAUGGUAGUGGAUACGUUUUUGUCAGGGAAUUACCCACAAAAUACACAUUGGACGGAAACACAUUCACCCUACAAUAUUUAGACACAUUUACUGGACAUGUUAACAUCCAAGAAUAUGAUCGGGAUCUUGCCAAUGUUGCUAUGCCUCUAGAUAAGGCUUUACAAAGAGCACUCGAUGACAACGACGCCUGCCUAAUCACAAUUAUGAACAGCACAUGUGCAGUUUUGAAGCAUGAGUCUGGGUUUUCGGUCUUUGAUCCACAUGCACGCGGUGAUGAUGGUGGUCUGGAUUUAAAUGGCUCCAGUAUUCUUGCACACCAUGCCACAGUUGAUUCAUUGAACAUGCACAUCACAAACCUAGUUCAGUCUUUAUGUGGCAAUGAUGAGCUGCAUAAUGCAUACCACUUGAUUGAAGCUACUGGUGUUAAGGUUGUUAGUGAUGGAACAUUUUCUGCUAGGACUGGUGGAAUGGAUACUGACAGUGUAGCAUUGCAUGACAGUUUUGCAAAUAUAGAGACCGUGAAACAGCACAGCAAAGAUAAAUAUGCGAAUGAUCCCGAGUUUCAGGAGAACGUGAAACAGUACAGCAAAGAUAAAUAUGCGAAUGAUCCCGAGUUUCAGGAGAACGUGAAACAGCACAGCAAAGAUAAAUAUGCGAAUGAUCCCGAGUUUCAGGAGAACGUGAAACAGUACAGCAAAGCCAUGAAUGUUGAAAGGUAUAGAAACAAUUCUCCCCAUCGUAAACGAAUAAAACUUUACCACAAGGAAUUGUAUAAUAUCAAUAUCGAUCAUGCUAUAUCUAUUAAAGAUGCUGUUGGUAAAAGAAGGAAUACUAUAUUCCUCCAAAAACACAACAUCGACUUUGUUAUCAAUCAGUUUAAGAUAAAAGUCCAGUCAGGUCCAACCUAUGUCUGUUGUGUUUGCCACAAGUUAUUGUUUAAACAUCAAGUUGUAAAAUGUAACUUAAACCAAUACAGAAAAAGUGCUUUGGCAGAAUCUGUAGCAAAGAAAUGCAUCACUUAUACAUAUGUCCACACUUGUGGAAAUUCUUGUGAAGUAAAUUGCCAUCUCCAAAAAACCACUGCAAGCAUGUUAUGGAUUUGUCACACCUGCAAUAACAAGAUUCUUAGAGGUGUAGUACCAGAAGACAGUGCUGUAAAUAAUCUCCACCCAGAUCCUAUUCCUGAAGAACUUGAUGCACUAAAUUCAUUAGAACAACAUUUGAUUGCACAACACAUUCCCUUUAUGAAGCUUUUAGCUUUACCAAAGGGAGGCCAAAACGGGGUUCAUGGGCCUGUGACAUGCGUGCCAUCAAGCAGUGAUGCUGUUUGUAAUAUUCUUCCAAGAUUAGAUGAUCAAGAUCUGAUGAUUAGAGUUAAACUAAAACGUAAACUAACAUUCAAGGGUCACUAUGAGUAUCAGUAUGUGAACACGCAAAAAGUUCAUAAUGCUCUGAACUUUUUAAAAGCCCAGAACAAGUGGUACACUGAUGUACAUAUCAACAACGAGUGGUCUAAUCCGUUGGAAAAGGUUACAAUUGAAGAGGCUUGUGGCUCUGGGCCUGGCCAGCCCGCUUGUGGCUCUGGGCCUGGCCAGCCCGCUUGUGGCUCUGGGCCUGGCCAGCCCGCUUGUGGCUCUGGGCCUGGCCAGCCCGCUUGUGGCUCAGUUGAUGUUCCAGAACAUUACACUGAUAACCAGCACCAUGGAAUGUAUUUGGAUACAUGCUUGCAACCUGUUGACAUUGCACAAGAAAUUCUGGACAAUCACUUUGAAAGUAUUUUAUCUGUUGCUCCUGCUGAAGGAAAUAGCCCUGUAAGAUUGCUCAGUGACAUUGCUAAUGAGGCAAAGUGUUUUCCUGUCCUUUUUCCAAAAGGAACAGGCACAUUCCACGAACAGAGAGAUCACAGAAUUACACUUGCUAAAUAUCUAAAAAGCAGAAUAUUAAAUGCAGAUGGCAGAUUUGGAAAGAAUUUGGAAUAUAUUUUCUAUGCACAAUACUUGUCUGAAAUUAAUCAAGUGGUUUCCAAUGUAUCAAUAGCUUUGAGAAAAGGAUAUCAGGGACAGCAUAACACUGAUGUUGCGUCAUCUUCAUCUAACAACCCAGACUUUUUGAAAGACCUCUUAAACUAUGAUAUGGGCUACAAGUUUUUGAAACCAAUUAGAGGCACACCUGUAUUUUGGCAAGGUGUUCAGAAGGACUUGAUGGCCAUGGUGAGAACUCUUGGAAUUCCCACAUUCUUUAUGUCAUUUUCUUCUGCUGAUUUACGCUGGCCAGAAUUUAUGGAAGCAUUUAUGUAUGCAGACAAUGUCAUAGGCAAUAUUGCUGACAUGGAAUGGACCCAAAAGUGUGACUUGUUAAAAAAUAAUCCUGUAACAGCAGCUAGAAUGUUUGACCAUAGGUUUCAUUGUUUGUUAAAAGAAGUCAUAAUGUCUCCAGCUCAACCCAUUGGAAAGGUCAUUGAUUACUUUUACAGAGUAGAAUUCCAGCAACGUGGCAGUUGUCACACACACUGCCUUUUUUGGGUGGAGUCACCUAAGAUUGGUGUAAACACCAAUGAAGAAGUUAUCACAUUUAUUGACAAAUAUGUGACAUGUGAGCUUCCACCUGAAAGUGACCCCAUGCAUGAAGUUGUCUCUAGUGUUCAGAUGCACAGCAGAAAACAUUCUAAAACGUGUAAAAAGAAGGGCACACCAUGUAGGUUCAAUUUUCCUAGACCACCUAGUAACCAAACCUUUAUUUCAAAACCACAGCCAAAUGUCUCUUGUAAAAAUUCAAAAAAAAACAUCAGCUAAAAAACAAAACCAGCCUAACACAGAUCAGCAACAACUACAAAGUCAAGCGCCACCAGAUGAAACCGUGGUUGCCAAACAAAUGAUGGCCAAAGUUAAAGAAGCACUGACAAAUGAAAAUGCAACC